AUGGAUGAAGGCGAAGAUGCUGAAACGGUGGACGUAGAGGUGGACGUAGAGGUGGACGUAGAGGUGGACGUAGAGGUGGACGUAGAGGUGGACGUAGAGGUGGACGUAGAGGUGGACGUAGAGGUGGACGUAGAGAUGGAAAAGUGCCUGCCAGGGUUUUCCGGGAAGAGCUGUGAAGAGAUAAUAGACUACUGCAGUCUGCUCAGUGUCAACUGUCUGCACCAGGGACUGUGCCUCAGCGUAAUUGGUGGAUAUAAUUGUCUCUGUGCUCCUGGAUGGAUAGGGGAGUUCUGUCAGUAUGGAGGGAACGCCUGCCUGAUCUACCCAGACAGCUGUAUGAAUGGGGCCACCUGCAUCACCACAAAUCAACCUACGGCUCCCCCACAGUACAGAUGUAUCUGUAGCCCUGGUUACACAGGACCCCGCUGUGAUACAGAAAUUAACCUGUGUUUCUCCAACCCCUGUCUGCACAAUGGGACAUGCUUGGACUCUGUUGGCUUCUACAAAUGCAGUUGUCCCCCAGGGUUUCUGGGCCAGAAGUGUGAGGUGGAUGUAGAUGCCUGUACCCUACCCAACACCACAUGCCCUAGAAACACACAUUGUCUGGACCUGCCUGAAGGACUGAAGUACACAUGUCGCCUGCUGUGCCCACCGAACAUACAACCAUGUGCCAACGGAGGACGUUGUGUCUUGAACAACGCUAGCAGUUACACCUGUGUCUGUGCACCUGGAUGGGCAGGACCUAACUGCCGCUUAAACAUCAACGAUUGUGUUCAGCACUGGUGUCAAAACGGAGCCACUUGUGUAGAUGAGAUUGACGACUACAGCUGCCUUUGUCCCAGAGGAUACAGCGGUAGCUACUGUGAGAUGGACGUUGAUAACUGUAUUGGACACCACUGCUCUGAGCACGGCGUAUGCCUAGACCAACAAUACAACUAUACUUGUCGCUGUGAGCUCGGGUUCCAGGGGAGCUACUGUGAGCGGGAGACGGACGAGUGUAAGAGUUCCCCAUGUGUCAAUGGUGCCACCUGUGAGGAUGGGAUCGGAGGCUAUCAAUGCCACUGCCCCCCGGGGUUUGAAGGGAGAUGGUGCUCAGAGAAUGUUAAUGACUGCUGGUCAAGGCCUUGUUUGAAUGGAGGUUCCUGUAUGGAUCUGCUGAAUGGAUACAUCUGCCACUGUCCUUUUGGGUUUCAAGGGGAAGAUUGUUCUGUAGAUAUGGACCUCUGCUCACUAGGAAUAUGCCAAGAACGCACGGUGAACUGCACUGAGACUGGGAAUGGACAGAACCUCACAUGUAUUUGUGAAAAAGGGCAUGUGGUGUUGGGUAGGGUACAGGCAUCUACAUCCACCUCACACUUCUGGCCCAGAAACCCUGCAAGGAAGCAGCGACGCAGACUCGGUAUCAUCAACAUUGAAAUUAGCCGCAGAGUGAAACUCAGCUGA